CAACUCUUUUUGCUGCAGAGGGAAGACAAAUCGUUCCUGUAAGACCAUGGCUCCCCAUUCAAAUACACUCUCCACUUUUGACCAUCUACGUUUCAAUGACAGGGACAAAAUUAAGCUGAGGAAACCAAUUGUCGAGAAGAUGCGCAGGGACCGCAUCAACAGCUGCAUCGACCAGCUCAAAGGUCUCCUGGAGAAGGAGUUCCACAGUCGAGACCCUAACACCAAACUCGAGAAGGCUGAUAUUCUGGAGAUGACAGUCAGCUUUCUAAGACAGCAGCUCUCGGGAGAGCUUGCACAGAGGGAUUAUGAUGAAGGUUUCUCUAACUGCUGGCGAGCAUCUGUCCACUUUCUCAGUCUUCACUCUCCUGGAGGAGGAUCUGGCCGGGAGCUCCAGCAUUUCCACAACGCCCAGCAAGCAAGAUCAGCUAUGAGCUCCACUCCUCCAGCAUCCUCUAAAGCCGGUCUACAACAGGCUGAUUCCAGGAGUCCCGUCUGGAGACCCUGGUAGAGACGUUAAGACUGAGAGUUGUAAACCUGAGGGACAGUUGCAUUAAUUUCCCUCUUAAUAGUAGGAUAUGUUAUUUCCAAAAUGUAUGUUGAGUCAUCAUAUUGAUAGACAGAUACUUUAGACGAACAUGUGUUUGUCAGUGGAAAGAGGUGGUUCUCAUGUAUGGCCUCUUGUUCUGUAUUAAUAGCUCUUAAUGUGAUUUUAACCACAUAUAUUAUUCUUAUGUUAUUAUAUUGUCAAUGGAUUUUUUAUUUCGAUGUAUGCUUAUUUAAUUGAGGUUUGACUCCAGUGGAGUUUGGGUGUAUGUAUCAGAUCUUUGAACUGGUGUUGUGCUUAAAGUUUUUUUCAGAGUAUAUUUCUGUUUGUGCUGAGAAUUCUGUAUUGUUUGUUAGAUAACACAUGUUGUACCUUUGAUAAAUGACUCCGUUUUUUGUCAUUACAAUCAUGAUUUUGUAUUUUAUGUUUUGCAAAUGUAAGCUCUUAUGUCAACUAUGUUCUCUUAAUAAAAU